AUGGCUAUUUUUUCUAAACCUCUAAGAAAUACUCGGAUAACAAGACAUCGUUGGACAUUCAAGGAAGAUGAGUCUUUGCGAGAAUUAUAUAGAGAACAUGGACCCAAGUGGUCCCUGGUUGCGAAAUCUCACAAAACACGAUCCGCAAAGCAAUGUCGUGAAAGAUGGUUGAACCAUCUUAGCGAUUGUGGUAAGAAUCCGUAA